AGCCCUGCACGACCUGACUUUUCCCGUGGAGCCUGUCCGGUGCCGCCGCUGCCGGCCGGCAUGUCAGCAGUGGUCCCACCGGGCGCCUGAGGCAGGUGAACAGACGCCGUUGCCAAUGCUGACACAGCUGAGCCUGAAGGUGAUUCUGUUCAGCAUCAGCUUGGGCACCUGCAGCUCGGCCGAUGAUGCACAGGUUACCGCCGUGCAGCGGUCAGCCGCCGGCCCGGUCGGUUCGACCGUGACCGCUCCUCUGGAGCGGGCACCUCCUCCAGACCCGCUCCCUGGCGACCUGCGCUCGCUGCCGCUGCUACAGCGCCGGCGGCGCCAGGACGUGGUAUUCUGGGCGGCGCGCGGGAAGCGGCCCGUGCCCGUCCACUACUGGGACGUGCCGGUGCGCCGCUGGCUGCCAGCACCGGCCGCCGGUAUGACCUCGGCCACGGCGCGCCGUUUCUUCGGGCUGCCCCGCAAGAGGCAGCGAGAGUGGGAGGCGCGCAUCGACAACGGCAACGGCAGCCGCCGCAUGGCGAGAGAGGGCGUGCCGCAGAGGGAGGCGGCCGGGUCGAAACUCGACAGAGACGGGCCAGAGGGCGACGACCGCAGCAAGAAGGAGUUCUGGGCGUCACGGGGCAAGAAGAGAGGAGGCGGCGGCGGCGAAGGAGGCGGCGGAGACUUUUGGGCAUCACGAGGGAAGAAAGACAACGGUAACGCCGACUUUUGGGCGACGCGGGGAAGACGCAGCGAUCCAGAUGAGACGGGCCGUUAACCCACACAGCUCCUGAGCAGGCCCGACCUGGGGUGGGUCCGCACAGGGUCCGCUACCGCAACCCGAGGAAGGUGGAGCGAAUGAUAUCCGGCGGGCGAGGACGGCAGAAGAGGCGCGUGGGAGCGGGGGGGACGUCAUUACCAAACAGAACAUCAAACGACGCUGCCGAAGAUCAAAUCGAGCAAGACCAUGGCGAAAAACGUCAGAAAAAAGAAAAUACUGGUCCCGACAGAAAGUAUCAACCCGUUUCUCGUUAGGCUUUAGGUACUCUAGCGAAUACUGAGCAUCCCAAGGACAAAACGAACACAAGACAGUUCAGGUGGAACGAGUUGAGCUCCCUGGCGGGCCACUGUGGUUGAGGCUGGCCCAGUGACCCGCCCCACACCCCUGCUCCGCUGAUCUGUCGAGCCCACGUCCCCGGUCCACGUCGGAAGGCCAAAAAGCAGCCGCACAGUGGUCUGUGAACGCGCGCACGACGAAAUAUUUGGACGCAACAGUUGGCAUGCAGUAAUCCUACAUUCCAAUGAGUUGGGGUUUAGGUCGUAUGCAUUGCGGAGACCAUUGCAACCCAAAGCUCCCGAUGCUCCCUUUAAGUCGCAGACGCGCCUACACGAUGAGUGUGAUUAAGACAAUAACGAUACCCCUUCGUCCCGUGGUAGGCUGUUGAGUGAUAGGCUAAAGUUAAUAACAGCUCCCUUGUCCGGUAGGGUGUUAUGUGCAAGGUAUAUGUUUUGAGAUAUCAAUAAAAGCAAUGAAUAUUGCGGGAUAUGAUUA